GCCGCGUCCGCAGCAUCGCGGCGCGGUGGCGGCGAUGGAGCCCUGGAAGCAGUGCGGGCAGUGGCUGAUCAGCUGCAAGGUGCUGCCGCCCAACCACCGGGUGACCUGGGACACGGCGCAGGUCUUCGACCUGGCGCAGACACUGCGCGACGGCGUCCUGCUCUGCCAGCUGCUCAACAACCUCCGCAGCCACUCCAUCAACCUCAAGGAGAUCAACCUGCGCCCUCAGAUGUCCCAGUUUCUCUGCUUGAAGAAUAUAAGGACUUUUCUUUCUGCAUGUUGUGAAAUAUUUGGAAUGAAGAAAAGUGAACUUUUUGAAGCAUUUGAUUUGUUUGACGUGAGAGAUUUUGGAAAGGUGAUAGAAACACUUUCAAAGCUUUCCCGCACUCCUAUUGCACUAGGCACAGGAAUAAGGCCCUUCCCUACAGAAGAAAGUGUCGAUGAUGAAGAUAUCUACAAAGGUCUUCCUGAUUUAAUAGAUGAAACUGGUGUUGAGGAAGAUGAGGAGUUGUAUGAUUGUGUCUAUGGAGAAGAUGAAGGUGGGGAAGUUUAUGAAGACCUAAUGAAAGAUGAAGCAGCACAGCAACCUAAAUGUCCUGAAAAUGACAUAAGAAGCUGUUGUCUUGCUGAAAUAAAGCAAACUGAAGAGAAGUACACUGAAACUCUGGAAUCGAUCGAGAAAUUUUUCAUGGUGCCAUUGAAAAGGUUUCUGUCAGCAUCAGAGUUUGAUACUGUUUUCAUCAACAUUCCUGAUUUGGUGAAAAUUCACAGGAAUCUUACACAGGACAUCAAUGAUUCCAUUGUUAACAAAAAUGAUCAGAACCUAUAUCAAAUUUUUAUUAACUACAAGGAAAGGUUGGUUAUUUAUGGACAGUACUGCAGUCAAGUGGAGAUAGCAAUAUCGUGUUUAGACAAUAUCUCCAAGACAAAAGAAGAUGUUAAAUUGAAGUUAGAGGAAUGUUCCAAGAGGGCCAAUAAUGGGAAAUUUACACUGCGGGAUCUCUUAGUGGUUCCAAUGCAAAGAGUGCUAAAAUAUCACCUACUGCUCCAGGAGCUGGUAAAGCACACUACUGAUCCCAUGGAGAAGGCAAAUCUAAAACUGGCACUUGAUGCAAUGAAGGACUUGGCUCAAUAUGUAAAUGAAGUAAAGAGAGAUAACGAAACACUUCGGGAAAUUAGACAAUUUCAACUAUCAAUAGAGAAUUUGAACCAUUCCCUCUUACAGUAUGGGAGACCUCAAGGUGAUGGAGAAAUAAGGAUAACGACACUAGACAAGCGUGCGAGGCAAGACAGGCAUAUCUUCUUGUUUGAUCUAGCUGUCAUUGUUUGCAAACGGAGAGGAGAUAAUUAUGAAAUGAAGGAAAUAAUAGAUCUUCAGAAAUAUAAAAUUACAAACAACCCCACUACUGAUAAAGAAAAUAAGAAGUGGUCUUAUGGCUUCUACCUCAUUCAUAUCCAAGGUGAAAAUGGUUUAGAAGUUUAUUGCAAAACUAAAGACUUAAAGAAAAAAUGGCUUGAACAAUUUCAGAUGGCUCUGUCAAACAUCCGGCCAGACUAUGCAGAUACGAGCUUUCAUGAGUUCAAAAUGCAUACCUUCAGUCGGGUGACAUCUUGCAAAGUCUGUCAGAUGCUUCUGAGGGGAACAUUUUAUCAAGGCUAUUUAUGUUCUAAGUGUGGAGCUGGAGCACACAAAGAAUGUUUAGGAAGACUAGACAAUUGUGGCAGGGCUAAUUCAGGUGAACAUGGAAACGUGAAACAUGAGAAACGAACAAAUGGAAUUAGAAGAAGCUCUAGACACGUGGACCCAGGUUUACCAAAAAUGCAAGUCAUUCGGAACUACAAUGGAAUCCCACAGCCAGCAGCACAAGAUGGGCCACCAUUGCAUAUCCAGAUUGGGGACACAAUUGAACUCAUUAGAGGAGAUGCACACAGCUUAUUUUGGCAGGGAAGAAAUCUAACAACAGGAGAGCUUGGAUUCUUCCCAAGUGAUGCAGUAAAACCUAGCCCUUGUGUUCCUAAGCCAGUAGACUACUCCUCACAACUGUGGUUUGCAGGAGCAAUGGAACGAUUGCAGGCAGAAAGUGAACUAAUUAACAGAGUAAACAGCACUUACCUGGUGCGGCACAGGACCAAAGAAUCAGGAGAAUAUGCAAUUAGUAUUAAGUACAAUAACGAAGUGAAACACAUCAAGAUUUUAACAAGAGAUGGCUUUUUCCACAUUGCAGAAAAUAGAAAAUUUAAAAAUUUAAUGGAACUCGUAGAAUACUACAAGCACCACUCACUCAAAGAAGGUUUUCGAAGUUUGGAUACUACUCUUCAAUUUCCAUACAAAGAAUCUGAAAACUCAGUGGGACAGAGGACUAACAGAACAGGUGGCAAUGCCCCUUCUUUGUUCUGUGGGUUUUCUUUUGUAACUCCUCCAGACUACAGCUUUGUUCCCCCUUCCUCCACUCCUUUCUGGUCAGUGCUGAGCCCGAAGGUGAUAGGCAUUGCCAUAGCCAGGUAUGACUUCUGUGCACGAGACAUGAGAGAACUGUCCUUACUCAAAGGGGAUGUUGUCAAAAUUUAUACCAAGAUGAGUGCCAAUGGCUGGUGGAGAGGUGAAGUAAAUGGAAGGGUGGGCUGGUUUCCAUCAACUUAUGUUGAAGAGGAUGAAUGAACUAAAAACUCUCCUCUGCUGACCAGCAGUUUCAGGGAUUAUAAAAAUUUAUAUCUUCAAUAUGUUAUUGGUCUUGUUAAGUAUUUAAACAGCAACAUUUUUGCCUGUCUGAACCUUCCAGUCUUAAUGUUGGGAUUUAUACAGAAGUUUGGGCUGACAGAUGAUUACCUUACCCAGAGCUGUGCAAAGAAACAAGCUGCCAGUUUUCCAUCACUGGGGAUCAGUACAAAGUCCAACCUCACCUUCCCAGAAGAUCUCUGGAAAAUGAAAUUCUUUGUUCCUUUUCAUUUCACCCUGUACUACACCAUGAGUACUAACAAUGGCUGAAUAUUUAACAUUUCUCUUCUAGCUAACAUCUGUGAUGGUACAAGGAGAUGAAGGCUUAUUAUUCCUUAUCACUGCAUGCAGAAAACAGAUUUCAAUCAUUCCAGUGGGCUUAAAGUAUAGUCAGUAGACUUGUCUUGAGACAUCAAACUACUUAUCAACUUACAAACCAUUUUACACUCACAAAAUCAUUCUGAAGGAAGUAUGUAGUAAAUAUGAGUAGCAUUCAUGCAUAUGUAAUUACUUAACUGGCUACUUUGAGGUCCUGCCUAAAUCUUCUAACAAUCUGUUUAGAGACAUUCUAAAAAGGUGUAGUGAUGUGGUAUUGCUUUAAAAAACAUGCACAAAGUGGAAUUGUGUGAUCCUUUUAUUGUCAUCUCAAGCUUUUUUAUGUGAAGUUUUUUCACUUAAGCAUCUGACAAUAAAAGUGCAACUGGGGGACAGUCAUGACAAGAUGAGUUUUCAGCAAUAAGAUUAAAUAAAUACUGCAGACUUAUUCUGAUGGAGAAAAUACUAAUGCAAGAUGAUAUCAUUUCUCAAGAACAAAA